AUGCGUGAUGAUAGCCCCAAUGGAGCCACAUCUGGUCGGGCAUCGGACCUUAUCGAGCAGUCACUCACCCAAAUCAACAAGAUCUAUCACUCGUACUACGAUGGUUUCCUCGACAUGACGGCAACCGCCCAGAUGACCAUCAGACGGAUGGAAAGCCUGCUUGCAACUAUUCCGGAGUCCAAGGCCAACCGGUGGCUCAACAUAAUGAUAGAACUCAUAACGAUGGGCGCAAUGAACGCCGCGGCGUCUUUAUUCCACACAUUUCUAGAGACGCUUCCAGCCAUGGAUAAAGGUUUCGGCGGACUUGAUAUAAUUAAGGAGACUCAUCUAAUGAUGGACGCUUGCGAAGGAUAUUGUGCAGAGUCCCGACGCGGACUGGCGGGAUACCGACUUCCAGAAGACCUUCUCCAAAUAUACAGCCCAGAUCAUGUUGGAAUGGCAAUGCAGGGCAAGCCUGGCAGUGAAGCAGCGCUUCGCUACAUGCACGGCGAGGCCCUCGAACAUGGCGGUGGCUGCCUCCAGAACAGGUUUUCGGCGCCUAAGGGGCUGGAGCCGCUGUCGAGUUCAUGGGAGGGCGCCAGUAUGUCUUUCAUAUUAUGA